UUUUUUCCCCGAAGUCGGUGAGAUCAUCCUGCCUGGAGGCUGUGGUGUGACAAGAAAUGCUAAAUAGUCCUCUAGCUCGGGGAGGUUUCUUCAGUUUACCUCCGUAGUCGCCUUGCAAUCAGGUGGUAGCCUUUCAGAAAAUGAAUGCCUAAUUGAAUCGAGGGUGGUACUUCAGGGAAACAGGCUGAAACUUAAAAGCGUAAGGUAUAUAUUAAAAAAAGUCGUAAGCCUUAAAGAGUAGGCUAGAGUAAUCAUGAAUGAAGGUCUAAAGGAGUAAGUCUUAGGUUGAAAAUGCUAGAAAACAAGCUGUUGGCAUGCGAGCCCUACCUCUUUGCAAAGGAAGAGUAAUCCAAAUUAUAACUGGAUUUCAAUUUCAAUUUUUUGCAUUUUGCUAGUUAAUGUCCUUCAACUUUUCAAUACCCAGAAAUAUUCUAGUGCAAUGUACUUCAUUUUUGAUACAGUUAAUACGCUUCAACGUUAACAACUCUAAAACAUUUUAGGUGCCAAAGUACUUAGUUUUAAUGGCAUUUGAUAAAUAGGGAUAGUAGCUGUCAUCCAUGGGAUUGUGUUAAACAGAUGGGACAAUGGAGCACUUCACACUCCUUACUGUUUCUAAGUGAGUCAUUCAAGGAGUGUGACUAAUCAUCCUACCAUACAGGUGUCAACAAAAGAGUAUUUUAUUUUUUUCCUUAACUACCCACAAAAUCAAAGAGAUUUCCAGAUUUUCUGUGGAUAACUGAUAACUAAAGAACCUAUCUUUUGAACAACACUUAAAAUUUAGAUUGAGGGAGACUACAUGUGAUGGACUUCUUGUCUUAAGAAUAUAUGUGGAAUUUUGUUGUGUGCAGCAGUACAGUGAUGUACCUGGGAAGUCGGUUAACUUAGAAUCGCCAUUGUCGGGCAAGCAGCCACGUGUUGUUUUAAGGCAAUUGUUUAAAUGACAACCUCACGAGAAACUGAAUUAAUUUUAUUACUCCUCCUUCCUCCUGUCCCAGCUGCACCUGUGUCAGAUUGUAAAUCCCCUGGGACAGAGGCACUUCAUUAUUCGCUGCAGUCUGGAUUGGGCAUUUUCAUGGUAAUAGUGUUAAUUAGGUAACUUUCACGAUGGGUGUUGCCAAGGUAAUGAUAGUGCUGGCUGAGGUUGGGUGGGAACCGCUUUUGUUGUGAGGAAACCGGGUUAGUAAGAGGAAGAGCUGGAUGAGAAAUUUGUGUUUAGAAGUGUGAUAGGGAAGUGACCUGAUUUGAACAUAGCCUUUGUUCAAAGGCUAUGUUCAAAUCAGGAAAAUGAAGUCAGCAGUUAUCUACAGCUUGCGAGACUGAGCCAAGAGGACAACACUGAUUAAAGAGAAAAAAUAUUUUGGGAAUGGAAAAUGUCUUGAAGGGAAAAUACUCAGAUUUAUUUUUUUUGAAGUUAAAUGAGUUAGAGCUGGGAGAGAAGAUUUUAAAUGCACCAAAAUGUAGUGUAGGACACAGGAGGAAGAUGGUUGAUUUGGAAGAAGUUACCUGGGACAGGGGCUGGUGGGGGGAAGUAACAUGAGGUGUGGAAAUAGUGAAACCAAGGAUACAUUGGAAUGGAUCCCACAAAGAACGUAAAAAAGGACAGCUUGGCAUUAUCAGUAUGGAUCGCUCCCGACACCGUGCGGGAAAUGGCAAUGAGCAGGCGCCUUCACGGGAGCGCGGCGGCGAAGGUGAGAGACAGCGGCAGCUGGAGCGCCUCAGCAGGGAGGAGGCCUAUUACCAGUUCAUUAACGAGCUCAACGAGGAGGACUACAGGUUAAUGAGGGACCGAAACCUGCUUGGCACUCCUGGAGAAAUAACAGCAGAAGAGUUGCAGCAACGUUUGGAGGGGGCUAAGGAGCGUCUGACAUCGCAGUCUGAUCUGGAUAACAGAGAAGGUGAAGGUAGAACUGUUGGAGAUUCUGAAGUUCUUGGGGAAAACUCCAACGGCGACUCUUUGCUUGAAUGGCUUAACACAUUCCGUCGCACAGGAAACGCCACUCGCAGUGGGCAGAGUGGGAACCAAACCUGGAGAGCCGUGAGUCGAACGAAUCCAAACAGUGGGGAGUUUCGCUUUAGUCUCGAAAUCAAUAUAAAUCAUGAUCAUAACAGUUUGGAAACUUCUGGUGAGGAGUAUGUUGAUAUAGAUGCUACCAGACUGUAUGUAGAAAGAAGACGUCAGCCAGUUGCCAGUUCAGUAGCCCCACGGACAAGGAGCAUGGCUGCAAGAGAGGCAAACAAUGAAGCUGCAAGGACCAGGCUUUUAAGACGUGCCAUGGCAUUAAGGUCAGAAAUAGUCUCUCAUGCAGUCUCAGGGAGGCUCAGGAGUAGAACAAGGGAGCUGACAGGCCAGACAAAUUAUACUACACGAAGCAAUUCUGUGGCUGCUGAUGAACCAAGAGAAAUGCCGGAAAGAGGUACUUCUGCAGGGGUCAGGAGGGGGAGAGCUAGAACUAAUGUCCGGAUGAAUACAAACCAAAGACUAGAAAUUUUGCGGCUGAGGUCUACCCUAAGUAGUCGAAGCCGCUCCCCGCUGCAAAGGCAAAGUGAUGCUGCUCGUUCUGAGGAACGUAGUCAGAGGCAGGAUAGAAAUGCACAGCAGGUCAACAGAAGUAGGAGACAAACUGCUCAGGCUUCUCCACAGUCUACUGAAGAGCAAGCAAGAGGUAACACUCAGGCUUCCCAGCUUUCCAGUGUAGCCCCAUCCUUACGAACAACUUCAGAAGAGGAGGAACCUGGUAGGCCAGUAGCUGCUGCCAGAAGGCACCCAACAAUUACACUGGAUCUUCAGGUGAGAAGAAUUCGUCCUGGAGAAAACAGAGACCGGGACAGCAUUGCCAGUAGAACUCGUUCUAGAGUAGGAAUGUCAGAAAACACAGUUACCUUUGAAAGUGACAGUGGGGGGUUUCGGCGCACGAUAUCCCGCUCGGAACGCGCAGGUAUUCGGACCUACAUUAGCACUAUACGGAUACCUCUCCGUCGGAUUUCAGAAACUGGGCUCGGGGAACCUUCAUCGGUGGCUCUUCGAUCAAUCCUUAGACAGAUAAUGACAGGCUUUGGAGAACUGAGUUCUUUAAUGGAAACUGAAUCUAAUUCAGAAGUGCAAAGAGGCGGCCAUCACUUAGGGGAUGCACAGAAUAACUCAAGUUCAGCGAAUGGCAGUGAUCCCAGUGGGGUUUUGUCUAGGAAUAGACACGCAGGAGAUGGCAGCAGGGAAAGAAAUGGACAGAGGGGUGGUAGUCAACGCUCUGGGCGCAAUCAUGAGAACCAAGCCAGCAGGCAGUCUCAAGAUGCAAACAAUCUAGUGGAGAAUGGAACGCUGCCCAUCCUUCGACUUGCCCACUUCUUCCUGCUGAAUGAGGAUGAUGAUGAUGAUCGUUUAAGAGGUUUAACCAAAGAGCAGAUUGACAAUCUUUCUACACGGAACUAUGGGGAUGUUCACACUGAAAAUGAAUGGAGUAAAACGUGCAGUGUUUGCAUUAAUGAAUAUGCGACAGGGAAUAAGCUAAGGCAGUUACCUUGUAUGCAUGAGUUUCACAUUCAUUGUAUUGAUCGCUGGCUUUCUGAAAACUCCACUUGUCCUAUUUGUCGGCAGCCAGUUCUGGGGUCUAAUGCCACAGAUAAUGGCUAGAAUUGUUUGUACUGCUCAGCACUCAAGGAUUUGCUCCUGCUCUGAGCCACAUGAAGUUCAUUGACUUAGAUAUGGGUCCAUUUGUGGGGGGAGUUUUGUUAAAUUUCUUCAAAAAUUAUAGAAACUUAUCUAAAUUUAACAAUGUAAAUACUAUUUUUUCCAAGUGCAGAUCUAGGAGCACACAUAGAACCAAAUGAUAUUGGUAAAGUUUAUAUUUUUUUAGAUAAUUUUGUUAUGCUAAGCACUUUUGUAAAUACAGAAAUGCAAUAGUUAAUCAGUCCUGCUUAAUGUAUGUUUUUUAACAUUGUAAUGGACUCGCUUUAUUUAGAUUACAAAAUGUUUCACACAGACCCACCACUGUGUUGAAAAAAUAGUGGCUAAAUAGCCAUUUGUUAGCUUUUUGUUCUAAGAACAAUUUCUUUUACAGAGAGUCUCUUGCUGGACAUGUUUGCUGAAGAUAUUUAAGUUACUUGAAGUGCUCAUUUUAUUAAUUUUUUUUAAAACAUUGAAAUAUCCUUUCCAAAAACUUGCCAAUUUGGUUCUAUUUAAAAAAUUCUAUGGCAAUUUUUGCAUGUGGGUUUACACAGUUCUUAACGUUGAUGAGUUCUUAUUCAGAAGUGGACGAGUUAGUGGCAUUAUGAAAUGUAUAUAAUUAAAUGCUGUCUUUGACAAUCUUUGUCUUUUUAGUGCAGACAGCAAUCAAAUCUGAUAAUUCCGAGAGGGUGUGUCUUACUUGCUCAAAGAAUAAAUGAGCACUAAGGAAGCCUUUUUACUCUUCCAAAUUACUCAGUUGAUAUUCCUGGGGUUUUAACUGCCUUAGUUUAAAGAGGGGAAACAUUUCCUUGACCGUUAUAUUGUCUAUAAUAUGCAUGUUUUGGGCAUCCUACUCAGAAGAACAAAACAAAGACUUGAAGUGCUUUUGUGUAGAAAUUUAAGGUACACGUGUAGUGUUAGUCCUCUUGAAACACGCCAGAGGACCAAGUGGCAAAAGACACUAAAAAGGACAAAAUAAACUUCCCUGAAAAUCCCCAGUAUCUGUAUAAUUAGAUAUUAAACUUUUUACCAAUGACUUACACUGAAAUAAAGUUGCAAGUUAAAUAAUUGAGGCUUUAUGUGAAUUACUGUUGAGCCAUAUCCUGUAGAUUUAUAAGAAAACUUACUAUUCUUAAUGCUCAGUCUCAGUUUUCACUUUUUUCCCCACUUUUCCCCAGCUCUGUUCCUGGCCUUUUAGUUACUAUGGUACAUAAAAGCCCAGCUCAAAGUUCUCCAGGGGCUUCUAGGAGAAGCUGGGUAUUACAAAGCUUGUCUUCUGUGCAACCUACAUCUCAGUCCCUGGAGAAAUGCAGAAUUGUGCACUAAUCUGCUGUGCAUGUUCUGAGCAGUAGACAGAGUACUUGAAGUGAACAAGUCCUACUGCCUUUCUCUGCCUGCAGAUAGUGGCCUUGACAAAUGUGCUUCUGUGCCAGGUGUGUCACUUAGAACAUCUGCUCAUGAUAUCCUUCAAGGGUAGCUAUAAAAUCCCAUGUGAUGGGAUGUCUACUUCAGUUCUGCAAGUGGAAAACUUGUGUCAUAAAUUCAACAGAAGGCUUCUUUUCAUUCUGGAAAGUAGUUCUAAGAAACUCUGUUAUGAGAUUUAGAUGAUUUAAGGUUUUGAUUAAGAUCUCUUCUGAUGUAAUUUGUGCUGUUAAUUACUGCAGAGGUUAUUGUCCCCUCCCUUGAGUGCUUCCUUAGCUGCAGUAAAGAGUGAGGAGAUUUAAAGGUGAUUGUAAGGGCUAGCUUUUUUUUUUUUACUUUUUUUUUCUUUUACUUCUGUUAGCUGCUGAGGCUGACAGUAAUUAAAUACAUACAUGUC